UUUUGGGAUGAGCACUGGGUGUUGUAUGGAAACCAAUUUGACAAUAAAUUUCAUAUAUUAAAAAAAAAAGUGGUGUAUGACUUGAUGUGAUUUAUGCUUUGAAAAGAUCUUUCUGGGGUAAAGAUUAUAAAUAGGGAGCCCAGUAAGCAGGCUGCUGUAAUAUAUCAGCCAGAGGCGAUAAUGGUCUUUGCAGGGUUAGAAUGGAUGUGAAGCAUAGCAGACUGAUUUGGGAUGGUUUUGGAGGUAGGACUUGUAGAGGUAUUGGAUAUGAGAGUUGAGGGGAAGUGAGUAAUUGAUGACAACUCCAAAAAUUUUGGAAAAUGUAAAGAUACAAAGAUCUCAGAUAGGGAAAUGGUACCCUUAAAAUGUAAUAUUGCCUUAAUUUAAUUUUCAAAUGUACAGUAGUUCUAAUUACCAAGAGUUUUUUAAAAGUUGAUAAAAUGAUCUUAAAGUUAAUAUGGAAGAAUGAGAAUAGCCAAAAGAAUUCAAAAAGAGAAGACUAGUGAACGGGACCUACUUUACCACUAUAAAACUGCUUCAGUCAAGUAUAUGCCAUUGCCGUAGGGAUAGACAAAUAGAUCUGUGGAACAGAAUAGAAGGCCCAGAAGUAGAUCCUACUGUAAAUGAAAUUUUAAUGUAAUGAAAAAAUAAAAGAUUUCAGUGAUAAAACAAUGGUUUAUUUGUUAAAUGGUGGUGUCACACUGUAUAUUUCUUAAACAAAAUAAUGUUGGAUCCUUAGGACACUAAAUGCAAAAAUAAAUUCUACUUAAAUGAAAAAUCAAAAUUUUAGAAGAACACUUAAGAGUAUGUAUAUGUUGUCUGUAGUUUGGAGAAACCUUUUUGCCAUGAUAGGAAACCUUGAAGCUAUAUUACAUAAGCAUAUUUAUAUGUGCAUUAAUAUAUUUUAUAUGAUAAAAAGUACCCUAAAUAAUGUCAAAAUAAAAACAGAUUGGGAAAAAUAACAUUGUUGAAGUGCAUAUAUCAGCUAUAAAGGGUUAUUAACUAUAACGUAAAAUGAAUCUAUACAAAUUGAUAGGCAAUGCAUGCAAAUAGAAAAAUUGGCAAAAGAGUCAAUAGGCAGUUCAGAAAAGAGCAAAUCUAAAUGGUUACUAAACUUAUGAAAAUUGUAUAAUCUCUUAGCAUUGAGGAAAUGCAAAUUGAAAUAAUUCUUAGAUAAUUACAUCUUAUACAUCCUAUUGGCAUUUUUAAAAAGUGGUAAUACUUAGUGUUAGAACAUGUAUGUGUACACUCAUGUUACUGGUGAAAAGAAGAAUUUUUGUAGUGAUUUUGGAAAACAAUCUUAUUUAUUAGAAUUCAGAUAUAUCACACAUUUUUAAAUCCAGUAAACACAGUGCUGGGAAUAUAGCUCAUAUAAAUAAGCACUAGUAAUUAGGAAAUAUAUAUAAGGAUAAAUAUUACAGCAUUACUUAAAAUGGCAGUAAUUGGGAACAGAAUAUAAAUAUCUUUGCUGGGGAAUCUGUUGAGUAGCCAUCCAGAUUGUAGACUAUAAUUUAAGAAUUUAAAAGAAUGUAUUAGAUGGGGUACCUGGGUGACUCAGGCGGUUAAGUGUCCAACCCUUGAUUUUGGCUCAGGUCAUGAUCUCACGGUUUGUGAGUUUGAGCCCCAUAUCAGGCACUGCAUGUCAGCGUUCUCUCUCUCUCUCUCUCUUUCUCUCUCUCUUUCUCUCUCUCUCUCUCUCUCUCUGUCUCUCUCUCAAAAUAAAUAAAUAAACUUAAAAAGUAUUAGAUCUGUACUAAUUGACUUAGAGGAACUUUGUACGUUAUUAAGGGAGAAGAAUAUAUACAGAAUAUACAGAGACAUGUCUAUAAUACACAAUUUUGGUAAGAGUGACAUAAAACAUAAAAUAUUUCCUGCAUUUAUAUAGAAAAUAGGAAUAUAUUUGUAUAUGAUUACUAGAGUAUAGAUAGAGAAAAAGGCAUGAAAGAGUAUAUAGAAUAUUGUUAACAUUGAGGCAGAAGUAGAAGCAAGAUAAAAUAAUAUUUUAAAAAUGUGUAUACAGUAAAAGCACUAUGUAUGAUAUUCCAUUAAACUAAAAUAUAUAUGUGACUUUAUAUACAAUAAAGAAAUGAAUGGAAAGAUCACUAUGUUAAUUUUAUCUCAGGGUAGUGUGAUUUCAGGUCAUUCCUUAUAAUUUUUAUUGUUUAAACUUUUUACAGUGAUUAUAGCAGGAAAAAACCAGCUGCUCCUAUUGUGAGGGGAACAAAGAAAAUUAAAGCUAAAUGUCAGUACUUUUUCCCCCUUCGUUUUGCAGUUAUGCUAUAUUGACUCCCAAACUGAUGGCGGAAUCCCUUCUUACUGUUUUGCUUUAAUGGUGAUGUUUUUUCUACAACAAAGAAAACCCCCUCUUCUUCCUUGCUUACUUGGAAGUUGGAUUGAAGGCUUUGACCCAAAAAGAAUGGAUGACUUUCAGCUGAAGGGCAUAGUAGAAGAGAAGUUUGUGAAGUGGGAAUAUAAUUCAAGUAGUGCAACUGAGAAAAACUCAAUUGCUGAGGAAAACAAAGCUAAGGCAGACCAACCAAAAGAUGAUACCAAGAAGACAGAAACAGACAACCAAAGUAAUGCCAUGAAGGAAAAACAUGGCAAAUCUCCUUUAACAUUGGGAACACCAAAUCAGGUAUCCCUGGGACAAUUAUGGUUAGAGCUGCUAAAAUUUUACACACUGGAUUUUGCUUUGGAAGAAUAUGUCAUAUGUGUACGGAUACAAGAUAUUUUAACAAGAGAAAACAAAAACUGGCCUAAAAGACGAAUAGCCAUUGAAGAUCCAUUUUCAGUUAAGAGGAAUGUUGCACGGAGCUUAAACAGCCAGCUUGUUUAUGAAUACGUUGUGGAGAGAUUCAGGGCAGCUUAUCGGUAUUUUGCCUGUCCUCAGAGGAAGGGUGGAAAUAAAUCUACAGUGGAUUCCAUGAAAAAAGAGAAGGGGAAAAUAAGCAAUAAGAAACCAGUGAAGUCUGACAAUAUGGCAUCCAAUUGUUGCAUUCUACAUGGAGAAAGCACAGAAAAAAUAAAUGCAGAAAGAGGUCAACCUGAUAAAUACGAUGAAAUGGAAUGUACAUCACAGAGAUGUAUUACUGAAGAUGACAGUUUGUUGGUAAAUGAGCUAGAUUUGGCUGAACUUGGACAGGAAUCUUCAUCUCUUUCUACCAGUGGAGGCAGUGAAUUAGAGCCAAAAUCAAUUAAGAAACAAGAUGAUUUAGCACUGUCAGAAACCUGUCUAAAAAAGGAACUCAGCCAGUGUAAUUGCAUUGGUUAUAAAUCCCCUGACCCAGAUGAAUCUUCUGGUACAGACUGCCAGUCAAAUAUAGAAACAGAGAGUUCACAUCAGAUUGUGAGCACUGACACAUCUGCUACCUCCUGCAACUGCAAAGCUACAGAAGAUGCUUCUGACUUUAAUGAUGAUGAUAACCACCCCACCCAGGAAUUAUAUUAUGUGUUUGAUAAGUUUAUUUUAACCUCUGGCAAGCCACCAACGAUAGUAUGCAGCAUCUGCAAAAAAGAUGGCCAUUCAAAAAAUGAUUGUCCAGAGGAUUUCAGGAAAAUUGAUCUAAAACCUCUACCACCAAUGACAAAUCGAUUUCGGGAAAUACUUGAUUUAGUAUGUAAAAGAUGUUUUGAUGAGUUAUCACCACCCUUUUCUGAACAACACAACAGGGAGCAAAUUUUAAUUGGCUUGGAAAAGUUUAUUCAAAAAGAAUAUGAUGAAAAGGCCAGAUUGUGCUUAUUUGGCUCUUCUAAGAAUGGAUUUGGAUUUCGUGAUAGUGAUCUGGAUAUUUGUAUGACCCUGGAAGGCCAUGAAAAUGCAGAGAAAUUAAACUGUAAGGAAAUAAUUGAAAAUUUGGCAAAAAUUCUUAAGAGACAUCCAGGUUUAAGGAACAUUUUGCCUAUAACUACUGCCAAAGUGCCUAUAGUAAAAUUUGAACAUAGACGAAGUGGUUUAGAAGGCGAUAUCAGUUUGUAUAAUACAUUGGCUCAACAUAACACAAGAAUGCUAGCUACUUAUGCAGCUAUUGAUCCUAGAGUACAAUACUUGGGAUAUACUAUGAAAGUGUUUGCAAAGCGAUGUGACAUUGGAGAUGCUUCCAGGGGAAGUUUAUCUUCAUAUGCUUAUAUCCUUAUGGUGCUGUACUUUCUGCAGCAGAGAAAACCACCUGUUAUCCCAGUUCUACAAGAGAUCUUUGAUGGAAAACAGAUUCCACAGCGAAUGGUUGAUGGAUGGAAUGCAUUUUUCUUUGAUAAAACAGAAGAGCUGAAAAAGCGUUUACCUUCACUUGGAAAGAAUACAGAAACGUUAGGAGAGCUUUGGUUGGGACUGCUUCGCUUCUAUACUGAAGAGUUUGAUUUCAAGGAAUAUGUAAUUAGCAUUCGGCAGAAAAAGCUGUUGACAACUUUUGAGAAGCAGUGGACAUCCAAAUGCAUUGCAAUUGAAGAUCCUUUUGACUUGAAUCAUAACCUUGGUGCUGGAGUUUCUAGGAAAAUGACCAAUUUUAUCAUGAAGGCAUUUAUCAAUGGAAGGAAACUUUUUGGUACCCCCUUUUAUCCACUCAUUGGCAGAGAAGCUGAGUACUUCUUUGAUUCCAGAGUAUUAACAGAUGGAGAACUGGCUCCCAAUGACCGAUGCUGUCGUGUGUGUGGAAAAAUAGGCCACUACAUGAAAGACUGCCCUAAAAGGAGAAGCAGUUUACUGUUUAGACUAAAGAAGAAAGACAGUGAAGAAGAGAAGGAUGGGAAUGAAGAGGAGAAAGACUCCCGAGAUCUUCUUGAUCCCCGAGACCUCCAUGACACUCGAGAGUUUAGAGACCCCAGAGACCUCAGAUGCUUCAUAUGUGGAGAUGCUGGACAUGUACGAAGGGAGUGCCCAGAGGUCAAGCUGGCCCGUCAGAGGAAUAGCAGUGUGGCUGCAGCCCAGUUGGUCCGCAACCUCGUAAAUGCCCAACAAGUGGCUGGUUCAGCCCAGCAACAGGGUGAUCAGUCCGUAAGGACUAGACAGUCCUCAGAAUGUUCUGAUUCACCAUCGUAUUCUCCUCAGCCCCAACCAUUUCCACAGAACUCAUCCCAGUCAGCUGCCAUUACCCAGUCUCCAUCCCAGCCAGGAUCCCAACCCAAGCUUGGCCCACCUCAGCAGGGAGCCCAGCCCCCACAUCAGGUCCAGAUGCCUAUGUAUAACUUUCCCCAGUCACCACCAGCUCAGUAUUCUCCCAUGCACAAUAUGGGACUGUUGCCAAUGCACCCUCUCCAGAUCCCUGCCCCGUCCUGGCCUAUUCACGGCCCAGUGAUCCACUCUGCACCAGGCAGUGCCCCCAGCAAUAUUGGCCUGAACGAUCCCAGCAUCAUCUUUGCACAGCCUGCUGCCAGACCUGUGGCGAUCCCUAACUCCUCUCAUGAUGGACACUGGCCUCGUACUGUGGCUCCAAAUUCCCUGGUGAACAAUGGUACAGUGGGAAAUUCGGAGCCAGGCUUUCCAGGACUAAAUCCUCCAAUUCCUUGGGAACAUGCACCACGUCCCCAUUUCCCUCUUGUCCCAGCUUCGUGGCCUUAUGGUUUGCAUCAAAACUUCAUGCAUCAGGGAAAUGCCAGAUUUCAGCCCAACAAACCGUUCUAUACUCAAGCUGGUCUACCGAUGCACAGCAACCAGCCAAUCCUGCUGUCUCAAGGGUAUCCGUACCUCAAUGUCAGUUACAUUCAGCAGAAAAAGUGACAUUUAAUGGAAAGCAAAACAAAUCAGAUAUGCAUUACUUAAAUAGGAGACUCUGGGCUUUUGCCAUAUUUUCCACCUUGGAAGAUGCUUGAAAUCUAUUGCAGGAGGUUGAGGGCUUUCCUGCCAUAUUUACAGCCCUGAAAAGGUAUUUAUUAAAUGUUAAGAUCAGGUCUAUUUACUGUAAGUUCUUCAUAUUAAAACUUCAGUAUCUCUCAGAAUCCUACUAAAUGGUGGAGUUUGCUCAUUUGUUCUGUUAAUGAGAUAGCUGGCCCAGUGUAUGUUUUUGUUAAAAUAUAGGCAUACCUCGGAGCUGUUGCAGAUUAGGUCCCAGAUCACUGCAAUAAAGCGAGUAUCGCAUUAAAGUGAGUCAAAUGCCUUUUUUGAUUUCCCAGUGCAUGUAAGUUACGUUUACACUUAUCCUGUAGUUGAUUUAAGUGUACAGUAGCUUGUCGAAAAUGUACAUGCCUUAAUUUUAUUGCUAAAAUAUGUUAACCAUCAGCUGAAAUUCAGUGAGUCAUAAUCUUUUUGCUGGUGGAGGGUCUUGACUUGAGUGCUGACUGAUCAGGUGGUUGUUGCUGAAGGUUGAGUUGGCUGUAACAAUUUCUUAAAAUAAGACACAAAUGUAGUUUUGCCACAUAGAUUGAUUUUUUCCUUUCACUUGAACACGUAGAUGCCACUGUAGGGUUCUAAAUUAGCCUAAUUUCAAUAUUAUGUCUCAGGGAAAAGGGAAGCCCAAGGGAGAGAGAGAGAUGAGGAAAUGGCUGAUUGGUAGAGCAGUCAGAACACACGCAUUUAUUAAGUUUGCUAUCUUAUAUGGGCAUGGUUUGUGACACCCAAAACCAUGGCACAGAUCACCGUGAUAAAUACAAUAAUACAAAACUUUGAAAUAUUGUGAGAAUUACCAAAAUGUGAUAGAGAUGCAAAGUCAUCAAAUGCUAUCAGAAAAAAAGGCACCAAUAGACUUGCUCCAUGCAGGGUUGCCAUAAAUCCUCAAUUGGUCAAAACAAAACAAAACAAAAAACCUCAGUAUCUUUGAGGGGCAGUAAGUGAAGUGCAGUAAAACGAGGUAUGCCUAUAUGACUUGGAACAUUGGUGUUUUUGUUUUUGUUUAAUGUUUUUAGUUUUGAGGAAGAGAGAGUGAGAGCAAGUGGGGGAGGAGCAGAGAGAGGGGGAGACAGAGGAUCUGAAGUAGGCUCUGCGAUGACAGCAGAGUCCAAUGUGAGGCUCAAACUCGUGAACUGUGAGAUUAUGACCUGAGCCGAAGUCAGAUGAUGCUUAAUUGACUGAGCCACCUAGACACUCAGCAUUCAGGUUUUUUUUAAAUAGCGUUCAUGUAUUUAAUCUUUUUUCAAGUCUUGGAGAACAGAUGAUGAGGUGUGUAAAGUGUUCAUUUUACUGUUCUUUUGUAUUUAUUUGAAACUUUCGUUAAAAAAAAAAAUCUCUGAGGCACCCAGUCUUAAGAGCAUGCAGCUCUUGAUCUUGGGGUUGUGAGUUUGAGCACCCUGUUAGGUAUUGAGAUUACUAAAUCUCCAAUAAGAGACUGUCCCUAAUUCAGCUUUACUUUCUAAAGGAAAGAGGUAUAUAUCACCUGGAAAAACGUAUUUUGGGGGUUUUAUAAAGCCCAGUAAUUUAGGCUUUACUUUUGUGAUAGUGUUCUAUAUAGUAAUUUUCAGUAUCUCACUUGUCCCUCCUUCAGCAAUUACCAGUGCUCAGUAACUGGCAAAACUGUUCCAAGUGGAAAACUGUAAUAAUACUCUGUUUGUAAUUUAUACCAGCAGCAGCUCAGUUUUAGAAGUUUGUAAACUUCUCUUAGAAGUUGUAAACUUAAAAGUUUUUGAUUGUGAAUUCAAAUUCAUUGUAGAGCAGUUGGAAGUGCCAAAAUUAUCAAUCUUUAUUCAGAGUACACACACACACCACACUUAAGACCAUAUUGUUUUGAAAUGUUUUGUAUAAUGUUUAAUGACAUGGAGAGAUUAGUAUCUUCCAUUGCCAUUAAAGAUUAUUCAAAGUAUGAAUAUUAAUUUUGUACCAUACAAUUUAUUUGUUAAGUGCCCUACAGAUGGACAUUUUUGCUGUUUUUUCCUCAUAUAUUAAAAAGUAUAUAAGAUGAUGCGAUAAAGCUAUUUUUGUAUAUAUUCUAGCAUGGUGAAUAUAUAUAGAUAUAUACUUAUAUUUGUAUAUGGGAUUAUUAGGUAAAAAAGGUAAAAGUUUUAGGAUUCCUGCUAUAUAUUGCCAAACUGCCUCCAGGAAGGUGGUUACCAUUUUGUGGUCCCCAAAAAUACAUCAAAUGUGUUGGUGAGCUUAUAAAAUAGCUUUAAAGUCGGAACAACUAAUUUUUUCCCUUGUGAAGGAUAAUUUAAAUGUAUUCAUUUAAAAAAAGUAUUAAAUAAAGGAACAAAGUAUAGAAAUCAUCCAUCAAUCAGAAAUACUUUUUAAACCUCAGGUUUACUUUAUUUUUUUAUUAAAAAAAUUUUUUUUAUGUUUAUUCAUUUUUAAAAGACAGAGAGCACAAGCAGGGGUGGGGCGGAGAG